CAACCAAAGCUUAUCAUCAAAUUGCCGGCUACGCAAUAUAAAAAGAAGGCACGAACCAAUUUCCAUACGAUUUUAGAAGCAACACACAGACGUCAUUUUCAGUUUAUUUGUAACGUUAGUGAGCAACAGAUCUUAGAUCCGCCAAAUCUCCGUAUUACUUCUUUUGAAUCGUUCAAUCUAAUAAAAUCGAAUCACAAAAAACAAGAAAAUGUCGUUCGUCCGUGUGCUAGUUGGAAAUGUGAAAACUUUUGCAAAUCCAAAAUUGAUCAGUACAACUCGCCAUUUUGCCAGUGCCCCUUCGUAUGAGUUUAUUAAGACGACCGUUGUUGGUGAAAAGAACAAUGUUGCAUUGGUAACGCUGAAUCGUCCAAGGGCAUUAAAUGCCCUGUGCAAUGGCCUAAUGAUUGAACUGAACCAAGCACUUCAAACAUAUGAUAAGGAUGAUUCGAUCUUGGCCAUUGUUUUGACUGGCAGUGAAAAAGCAUUCGCUGCCGGUGCUGAUAUUAAGGAGAUGCAACACAACACAUAUGCCAAGAGUAUUCGAUCGAAUUUCUUGUCUGACUGGACCAAUGUGACACGCAUCCAAAAGCCAAUCAUUGCGGCGGUUAAUGGAUAUGCGCUGGGCGGUGGAUGCGAAUUGGCCAUGAUGUGCGACAUUAUUUAUGCCGGUGAUAAGGCGAAAUUUGGACAACCCGAAAUUGCCAUCGGCACGAUUCCAGGUGCUGGCGGUACUCAACGUUUAACUCGUGUCGUUGGCAAAUCAAAAGCCAUGGAAAUUUGCUUGACCGGUAACAUGAUCGAUGCUGUCGAAGCCGAAAAGAGUGGUCUAGUCAGCAAAGUAUUUCCCGCCGAUCAAUUGGUUGACAGCGCCAUUAAAUUGGGAGAGAAAAUCGGCACACAUUCACCAUUGAUUGUUCAACUAUGCAAAGAAGCUGUUAACACUGCAUACGAAACGACACUGCAAGAGGGUCUGAAAUUCGAAAAACGCACCUUCCACGCCACAUUUUCAACGAAAGACAGACUAGAAGGAAUGACCGCCUUUGUUGAGAAACGGGCUCCAAACUUCAAGAGCGAAUAAGACUUUCAGCCCACCCCUGCCGCCCAGUUGUGGAUAUUUUUGAAAUGCCGGAGAUGAAAAAAAAAAUUCAGGUGAACACAACAAUAUGAGAUUCAAGCUCAUUGUGCAAUGAGUUUGGAAAAUUGGUGCAUUUAAAAUAUGUUUUUAUCUUUUGAAAUGUUGAUCAAUGGCGCAAAAUGCCUUUUGAAAUUGUGAAAUAAUAAAAAAAAAACAGAAUCAACUCUUUUUUUAAUCAUAUAA